CUUGACGCGCGCGGGACGCGCAGGAGGAGUGACGUGAGGGCUGCCGCCGCUUCCAGAGCCAGACUGGUUAGGCUUGUCACACGCCCUCCCGGGGAAAAGGAUGUAUCUUAUUCUCAGAAAAUAACAGGUAGAAAACAAGGCAGUGCUCGUCAGAAAAGGACGCGAGAGGAGGAGGCGCAGCGCCACAGAAACGACGCAAGAUGAGCGGACAGGCGAACUCCACUACUUUUAAAACCACCGGCUCUGAGUGGCUGCUGCCUGUCAGUAAACUCCUGGCCUUCCCCCUUGACCAGGUGAAUUUUCUGGCAUGUCAACUGUUUGCCUUGGCUGCUGCCUUCUGGUUCCGCCUCUACCUCAGUCCUAGCCAGGCCGGUCCCCUGGUCAGGCACGCUGUGGCCACCCUCCUUGGCGUUGCUUUCCUCAUCUUCUGCUUUGGAUGGUACUCGGUUCAUAUCCUGACCAUGGUGAUGGCAAACUACCUGAUCAUCAUCACAGCCGACAUCAACAGCGUGCACAGGUACUCCAUGCUGACGGCUAUGGGCUAUCUGACGUUGUGCCAGGUGAGCCGAGUCUUCAUCUUUAACUAUGGAAUACUUUCCACAGACUUCUCUGGACCUCUGAUGAUAGUAACCCAGAAAAUCACCACGCUGGCUUUUCAGCUGCAUGAUGGUAUGUGUAAGAAAAAUGAACAGCUGAUGUCGGAGCAGAGGCCUAUGGCUAUAAAAGUUAGACCUUCUCUCAUUGAGUACCUGAGUUAUAAUCUGAACUUCCUGAGUGUCAUGGUGGGGCCUUGCAGUAACUACAAUGACUACAUAGACUUCAUCGAAGGCAGACACAUCAGCAGGAGGCUCAGACAGCCCGCUGGCACCUGUAAUGGGCAGAGCAGUUACAGUCACACUCCACAUGUAUCGCCCUUUAAUUCUGUCUGUCGAAAACUACUGGUCUGCUCUGGAUGCAUGCUCGUCUUCCUCACUGUGACUCGGUGGCUGCCUAUAAAACAUAAUGUGGACCCAGCUUUUGUCGGCCACGCCCCCUUCCUGACCAGGCUCACCUAUGCUUUUUUCUCCAUACAAGCAGCAAGGCCCAAAUUCUACUUUGCGUGGACGCUGGCUGAUGCCGUGAACAAUGCAGCAGGUUACGGUUUUCUGGGAAUGGAUGAAAGUGGGAAGCCAUCCUGGAACCUCAUCUCCAAUAUCAACAUCAUUGGGAUUGAGACAGCGACCAGUUUCAAGACUUUCAUAGACAACUGGAAUAUUCGAACUGGAGUUUGGCUCAAAAUAGUGUGUUACGACCGAGCCCCUACGCACCGCUUAGCGCUCACCUUCAUCCUGUCUGCCCUGUGGCACGGCGUUUAUCCGGGGUACUACUUCACCUUCCUCACUGCCAUCCCCAUCACGCUGGCAGCUCGAGCUAUACGGAAAUCUAUUCGACACUUCUUCCUGGGGUCCAAAGCCAAGAAGCUUGCUUAUGACAUCUUAACUUGGGCAGCCACGCAGCUGGCCAUCUGCUACACUGUCAUGCCUUUUCUUCUUCUUUCAGUCGACGAAACUUUGGUCUAUUACAGGUCUAUGUACUUUUAUGUGCACAUCAUCAGCAUUCUGGCCGCAGUCUCUCUGAGCUGGAAACAUAAACCCAGAGAACCCUCUGCCACCACCAACUCAUUUCACUCCGCUUCCUCCUCCUCCCUCUCAGCUCCGUGCACAGCCAAGUGCCAGCCUUUUCAUUCCAACAACAAUGACAAAGUAGACUGAAAACCCCUUCCACGCAUUUUUCUACCCGGCUCUUUGUCUUCUCAUAAAGAUAAGUGAGUAACCGUAGAGGGCGCUCAGCCCACUUACAGUGGAAAACACUGCCUACUUAAUCUUUUGAGACAAAACAGAGAAAAGACAUCGGAUGAAAAGUUUUAUGAUAAAGUAGAUUGUGUGAUUUUAUACCCAUGGCAGCAGAUACACAAGGGGAGCUUUCUGUCCUCUUUAAAGAUUAAGAUAUUACAUAAACCGAAGAGGCAUCCAGUAAAGAGACGCAUUAGCAGAGGGAAUGCCACUUGCAA